AUGGUCACUAGCCACACCAAUCUGCCUAGGCCACCGCUGAAUCCCCAUGAUGCCAAGACGGUGGCCAAGCAAUUGUGCUACCGCAUUCCUGAGUCCAAGGAUGGGAGCGGAUGGGCGGAUGUGGUGGACUCAACGGACGCCAACUGUAAAGGCAACAAUGCGAAUCAGCGGAUGGGCCAGAUGCCUGGGAUGAUGCCAAUGGGCAUGGGUAUGCCAAUGAUGGGCAUGCCGAUGAUGGGAGUGCCCAUGAUGAAUCCCAUGAUGGGAAUACCCAUGAUGAAUCCCAUGAUGGGCAUGGGCAGCAAUGCCCCAAACAUGGGCAAUGCAGGUCCAGCCGGUCCCGUGGGUCCCAUGGGUCCCGUGGGUCCUGUGGGUUCCGUCGCCGGUCCAGCCAUGGGAGCCAGUUUGGCGCAGCCGAGUGCCAAGAGUCCUCCGAUUCUUGGUACUACCGGCGGCUUGAUGCCCAAGAUCGAUCCUCCGGGUCUCGCCCACGGCAGCCUCGAACCGGGCCGGGUCCCUAUGGUGCCCGCGGUGCCCGUGGUGUCCAGCGGCCUGCAGAGGGAAAGGAGUCGCAGCCGAGACGCUGAGAGGUCACAGGCGGAGGUGCCCGUGGUGGAGGAGAAGGAGGAGCCUGCAGAGAAGGAGCCUCCCAGAUGUCAUCUUCACAAUACCAAGAAGCCCAAUGCCAAGUGCAAGUUCUGUCAGAAGUGGAUCGCAAGCCAGUCCCAAUCUCAACCUGACAAGGUCGAGAAAGAAGAUGGGAAAGAUGAGAAAGCCAAAGUCCAAGCACCAGAAAUACAUGAAGAAGAGGACUAUUCACGCCGAACUUUCAAGUGCAGUACUUUGCUGAAGGAUCAGAUCUUUGGCUCCAGCUACUUCAAGAGCUUGUUGGAAGUCAGUGAUCUCCAACCCCUCACGGAUGAAAUUGCCAAGUACGCUGACACACUUGAUGUCUACAACUCCGGCAACAAUGUCCAUCCAUCAUGCUUUAUUUGUCAGGUGUACCGGCUCUUCACCCUGCCACAGUCAGAGGACUUAGAUGACCUGCUGCAGAUCUUAGAUGCCUCGGCCUCGGCCAAGGUCCGCUGCGCCGGGGUGUUGUACGUGCGUUUCGUGGUGCCACCACAUAAACUCUGGGAGAAGCUCGAGGAAAAUUUGUUUGAUGAACAGGAGCUGAAAUACCUGGAUGGAGAUAAACAGGUGACCACGACCAUUCAGGAGUAUGUGGAAAACCUGCUGAUCAAAGACAAGUACUACAACACACCACUGCCGAGAAUACCUGUGAAGGUGAGGCAACAGCUUGAAAAGGAGCUUGCCCCACUUGCGCAGUUUCGCAAGCGCAUGGCUGCGAUGCAGAAAGCCUUGCCCAAAAAGGUGUCUGGUACUGCGGUGGAAGUUUAUGUCGAUGGAACUUGGCUUCGUGGGCACAUCAAGCAUUAUCUCGGCAACCACAAGAGAAAGGUCGGUGUGUUGCUUGAGAAUGGCUCAAUGGUGAACUCUCACCUUGGGAAAGUGGUGCUCAGAGAUGAAGAUGAAGCCAAAGGUGAGACAGAGGAUGAAAAGAAGGAAGAUGAACAUCCUGAAAAGGUCGACAAGGGCUCGGAAAAGAAGGAGAAAAAAGAAAAAAAAAAAAACAAGAAGGAGAGUCGCGAUGAUCGUUCCAGUCGAAGUCGCAGCCGGCAUCGCAGUCGCAGUCGAACGAGUCGACGGCGUUCACCAGACUGGGCCAGAUACAAGGGCCCAAUCCUGGAUGCCAGUGAACUCGAAAGAUUGCGCGAGAAAGCUCGAGAGGAUGCCGUGGUUGGUGUGGGCAAGGUCUAUUCCAAGCGUCCCACCACGGUUGAGGGCGAACUAUGGCGCGGUAGUGGAGACGCACGUGUUAGCAUGCUGGGACCACAACAUGUGGGCGGGAACACCUCUCGGUCCAGCACCAAGCAUGGUGUGUCGGAUCCAGAGGUCAGUCGGACCCGCUCACGAGAAGAGGAGGAGGAGCACAAGCGAAGGAUGCGGGAGAUCUAUGAGAAAUAUGGCUCCGUGUCCCGUGCGACCUCCGGUUCUGGCUCGCAGAGGUCGGAGAUCGACCAGCCAGACGUGCUGCGCUUGGGAUGA